CGUAAAAUACGCGGAGGAAAACUAAUCAAUUGAUUUCUCCCGUUCUUUAAAAUCCUUUCAAACACCUUCUUCUUCUUCUUCUUCUUCUUCUUUCUUAUUACAAUUCUCUGGAUCGGCACAAGACUUCUUGCAAUUAUUCAAUUGAUUCUCCCUUCAAGUGAAAAAAAAAACAAUAAUUAAUGGGGAAAGACAAGCCAGCCGAGAGCGAUGAAAAGGGGCUGUUUUCUAAUCUAGCCGGAUUCGCCAUGGGAUCCGCCGCCCAUCACUUCCCGGGGCAUCACGGCGGCGGCGGCGGCGCUUACCCUCCUCCAGGAUACCCGCCUGCCGGAGUAUACCCCUCGGGAGGAUAUCCUCCUCCCCCUCCUCCUGGUGCUGGGUACCCUCCCGCCAGUUAUCCGCCGCCCGGAGCUUACCCUCCCCAGGGUGGACAUCAUGGUUACCCUCCUGCUGGCUACCCGGGCCCAUCAGCUUCACAUCAUGGGCCACAUGGAUCGAAUAUGGGAUCAAUGUUAGCCGGAGGUGCAGCGGCGGCGGCGGCAGUCAUGGGAGCUCACGCCCUUUCACAUGGUCAUCAUGGGCCAUCUCACCACGGUGGCGGUUACUAUGGCCACCACCAUGGCGGCGGCUACUACGGGCACCACCAUGGCAAAAUCAAGCAUGGCAAAUUCAAGCAUGGAAAGAUGAAGCAUGGCAAGUUUGGAAAGCACAAAGGGAUGAAGUUCUUCAAGAAAUGGAAGUGAUAUAUUCAUAUAUACUAUAUAUAUGUUCUUCCCUGGCUAACAAAGUAAACCCUAUACAUAUAUGAUCCUGCAUGGAUGGAGAUACAUUGUUCUUUCAAUUUCAUUUUGGCUUUAGUUCUAGUUCCAAAGCUUUUGGAAGAAAUGUCUUCCUAGCUACUACUUACUUUGUGCAAUAAAAUACUCCCUCCCUCAGUCUGGAAAAGUUUCUUGAGUUUAUAUUAAAAAGUCAACAUAGAA